AUGGUUUUAAGUAAACACAUUGAAUCAUACGAAUUGGAAGAUGAGAUCUUGAAAAAGUUGCCCAAGAUUAAUUUGGAAAACAAUGAACAGUUUAUAGACGAAUAUGACUCUCAGAAGAUGCUUCCCCAGUAUGAGCUUCCUUUGAAACCCUCCAACGACGAAUUGAUUUACAAGUACUUGAACCAGCAAUUGGCCUUGGAUGGCUCGCCCACGUUGAACUUGGCCUCAUUCGUCAACACCUACGUUAAUGAUACCCAAACCCGUCUCGCUGUUGAAAAUUUGACCAAGAACUUGGCCGAUAACGACGAGUAUCCUUCCUUGGUCAAUAUCCAGGAUAGAUGCAUCACCAUGUUGAGUAACUUGUGGCAUGCACCAAGGACAAUUGACCCCAAGACUGGUAACAAACUUGUCAAGUCGAUUGGUACUGCAACCACUGGCUCGUCGGAGGCCAUCAUGUUGGCAGGCUUGGCGUUGAAGAAGAGAUGGCAGGAGCAAAGAGAAGCUCAGGGUAAGUCCACCGCCAAGCCCAAUAUCCUCAUGGCCACAUGUGCUCAAGUGGCGUUGGAAAAGUUUGCCACUUAUUUCGACGUUGAAAAUAGAUUGAUUCCAGUUAAUGAACAAUCGGGACACGUGAUUGAUGUUAGCAAGAUUAGGGAAAACAUUGAUGAAAACACCAUUGGGAUCUUUGUUAUUGCCGGUUCGACAUUCACUGGCUCAUUUGAACCAGUCGAGGAGAUUUCCAAAUUGUUGGACGAACAUGAAAAGGAGACGGGGUUGAAUAUCAGAAUCCAUGUUGAUGGUGCAAGUGGUGGAUUCAUUGCUCCAUUUUCUUUCCCCAAUUUGAAAUGGGAUUUCUCAAUUGAUAGAGUAGACUCUAUCAACACUUCGGGUCACAAGUUUGGAAUGACCUCAGUUGGAUUGGGAUGGGUCAUUUGGAAAGAUGAAAAGUUGUUACCCAAGAAAUUGAGAUUUAGCUUGGACUACUUGGGAGGCGUUGAGGAAACAUUUGGUUUGAAUUUCUCGAGACCUGGGUUCCCCGUGAUUUUGCAAUACUACAACUUUUUGAGUUUGGGUAAAGAAGGCUAUGCCAAGAUCUUUGACGGGUGCAUGUCCAAUGCUAGAUUAUUAUCGGACUAUCUCACUGAGUCAACCUACUUUGAAGUGCUUUCCGAGAUCCACAUUAAAAUUUCCGAAGAAGAGAAAGCCAAAUACUACACCAAGAAAUCGUCGCACAAAUUAAAUGACAUAUGGACCGUUAAUGAAAAUUACAGACCCGGUUUACCAGUGGUUGCCUUCAGAUUCAGCAAGGACUUCAGAACCAAGUACCCUGAAGUACCUCAGGAAAUGUUUUCCACAUUGUUGCGUAAACACGGCUUUAUUGUCCCCAAUUACCGUUUACCACCCUCGGAGACCGACGUUGAAGUGUUGAGAGUAGUUGUGCGUAACUCCAUGAGUUUAUCGUUGUUGACUAAACUCGUUUCGGCAUGUUCUCAAACUAUCGAGUUGUUGGUUAAAUCGGCUGAGUAUGUGAGACAAGUGUUUGAUUCCAAGCUGGAAAGCUCAGCUCAAGAAAACAUUGAAUCGAUUCAUGAUUUGUUGUUGACUAUUGCAUCUGGCGGUACUGCUGAGAUCAGAAAAGUGCAACACAAGGAGAGUGACCAUGACGCUGGAUUGAACAAAAAAUCGUACCGUGGUACUUGCUAG